AUGAAGAAAUGGUUUCCACCGAGCAAAAAGGCUGAACUUCGAGAUAAGAUCUUUGAGUUCAAACAGCUCCCGGGGGAACAAUUAUAUUCGGCAUGGGAGCGGUUCAAGUACUAUCUAGCUCAAUCUCCAACUCAUGGGUUUCCGGAUGCUAUUCUCACCGAGAAAUUCUACAAGGGCUUAGAUACAAUGAAUCAGAUUGCUGUCAAUACUGCCGCGGGAGGAUGCUUCAUGGACAAGUCAUUUGUCAACAUCACCCGUUUGCUUGAUAAACUCACCACCCACAAUCAAGCUUGGCAUUCAACUGAUAAUGAGAGUCUCUCUUAUGGUAGUCCGUCACUAGCCGCUGUUGCAAAAGAAAACCACGAGAGGGAUCAUGCCUUUGCUCAAUUGCAAACCACGGUGGAUCUAUUAUCAAAGAAGUUGGCAGAAAAGGAUGCACUGGGGGUAAAUGCUGUUGAGGAGUUACCACCUCCUCCACAGGGGAUGUAUCAAGUCCCUGAGGGGAUGUACCAAGAUGGAAAUGAUCAAGGAAAUCCAAAUCAGGGGAAUUAUAAUAACAAUAAUUAUGGCAACAAAAGCUCUAACCCUUACAUUCCACCGAGGGGGCAAGCAUCAAAUUUCAAACAGUGGAGAGAUAAUUCAGCUAGCAACUCUGCUAGCAAUGCUGCUAAUGAUUCUGCGGAGCUGAAAAGUAUGAUGCAGAAAAUGCUAAUGAACCAGGACAGAACUGAAAGUACAAUAAAGGGAAUGUCUCAGGUUCAACUAUCUCAUUCAGCUGCCAUUCAGAAGCUUGAAUCGCAAUUCAGAGACCUUUCCAGAGAAGUGCAUACUCCUCAACGUGGACAACUACCAAGUGAUACAGUUCCAAAUCCGAAAGGUGCUGAUAAAAAGGUGAUUGAUCUUGAGCCAAUUGUUGAAGAAGAGGCACAACCUGAUGUGUCUGAUGUUAUUGUGGAGGAAGAAACAGAGGAGAAAGUCCCUAUUAUAGCUGAAGAGGAACAAAAUCUUGAAAAUUUUAAGGCACAAGGAGAAAAACAUGAAAAGGGGAAGGCAAAACUUUCUGGCGCUUUACGCCCUUUGACUCAAUUGUUCAAAUCUUCACCGCCUUUUCCUCAAAGGCUAGUGAGAAAAACAGAAGAUGACAAGUGUUUGCGAUUUUAUGAUCAACUUAAGCAAUUGACGAUGAACAUUUCUUUCAUGGACGCUGUCCAAGAAAUGCCUGGGUUUGCAAAGUAUUUAAAGGAUCUCUUAACAAAAAAGAAGAAGCCAUUGAAACACGACACUGUGGGUAUCACUCAUCGCGUCAGUGCUAUUAUUUCUAAGACCACAGUACAAAAAAGGGAAGAUCGUGGAGCAUUCACCAUUCCGUGCACCAUAGGGCAGCAGGAUUUUUAA